CUGGCGUCACGAUGACUCUGGCCGAGCCGAGCCCCACCCGAGGAACCAUCUGCGCUCAGGAACAGGAGCCGACAUGAGCCCGCCGCGCGGACUCAGCCUAUCGACAGCCUUGGCCGGCAAGCAUCGGCACCGCCUGCUGCGGGCAUUGAUUCUCCCGUCUGUUCCUUGUCGAUGGCUUCUGCACCCACACCCACCCAGCGUGUUGCAUAUGCGGCUUGUUUGUCUGUCCUGACGCAUCGGCUUGGCGCAGACCCGGCAUCCCGACUCCCAGAGCCGGCGGGGCGCUCGUUUCUUGGGCCGCGGCUGACUCAGGUUGGAUCACCGCCGCACAUUGCGGAUUCAUUCUCCUCCGAUGUCCUCCGAUGCCCUCCGGAGGACAUGCUCGAUGCUUCCACGGCCAAAGUAUAAAUAGCGGCUCCCGCACGGCACGCACCCUCUCCACACAUCGAACCCCACUUGCCUUUGCGUCAUCCAAUCCAACCCAGCUCUCCCGCUCUGAUUCCUACUUCGCCCGUGAAGCAAUGACCUCCUCCCGCUCCUACCACGACGUCAUGGUCGCCCUCGACGACUCCUGCUUCGGCACCCUGGCCCUGGAAUAUGCCUUUGAGCAUGUUUUGCACAACAGCGACAACCUCUUUGUCGUCUCGGUUGUGAGGCCCAGUAACGCCAUCUCGGCCAAGCUGAGCCCUCUCAACAUCGCCACUGCCGACAUUGACAUGCAGUUUGUCAUUGCAAAGAAGGCCCAAGCUCUUGUCGACGAGUUCUCCGCCAAGUACUCCAAGCGUGUUAACGUCCUUGUCAAGACCUUUAUCGGCGACCCUCGCCAUGUCGUCGUUACCUAUGCCAACGAUGUCAAGGUCAAGCUUAUUGUGAUGGGUAGCCGUGGUCUUUCCGGCAUGACUCACAUGCUCGGAAGUGUUUCGUCCCAUGUCGUUCAACAUGCAUCUGUUCCCGUACUGGUGGUUCGUCCCCCAGGAGAGUGUCUCCAGCCCAAUGUCGAAACUAAACCAGUGCUGGAACAGCCGCUGGAGCAGCCCUCGGCGAGUCUGGUCGAAGCCAACUGAUACCCACCCGCUGAAACCACUUCCUUCGAAUGUCCAAGACCACUGCUCGGACUGGAGCGCUCUUGGCCCAUCCAACAAGCUGUAUUCUGCAUCUCCGUCUCCGUCUUUUGUUCCGUUGUGGGUCCUUGCGUUUGGCACCACCAUCCUAUCGAAUAAUCCGCAGCAUUCUCAUUGGCAACGCUCCACACAUGCAAUGUCCUGAGCUUCUUCCUUGUAUUUCAAUGCUUCUCAAUACC